AUUGUCAUCAUACUGCAGAGGGAAAUGGUAUGAAGCAAAGGGAAAGGGAUAGACAAAACGCAAAAGGCAAAGAAAAGGAAAAGGCUUGGAGAAGGGAAGCCAAAAUCCUUGCAUCUUUGUCUUCUUAAUUUGAUCAAAGACAGUGAGACAUGGGAGUCUUCUCCAAUAAAAUCGAGAGGGAACAACUCAAACCAGGCGAUCAUAUCUAUUCAUGGAGGCAUGCCUACCUCUAUGCGCAUCACGGAGUGUAUGUUGGAGAGGGAGAGGUGAUCCACUUCACCAGAGGAGGAGGGCAAGAAAUUGGGACGGGAACUGUUUUGGACCGCUUCAUUUUCAGCUCCUCACCAUCUCAUUCUCAGGACAAUCCCUGCCCGAAUUGCGGCGAUCAGUCGAAGCUUAACGGUGUCAUCUCCUCUUGCCUAGACUGUUUCCUUGGGGGUGGAGAACUGUAUCGGUUCGAGUAUGGGGUCAACCCUGCUUUCUUUGUCGCCAAAGCUCGAGGAGGGACAUGCACACUUGCCCCCUCCGAUCCCCCAGAAGAUGUCCUCUACCGUGCCUCUUACCUACUCGAAAAUGGGUUUGGUGUUUAUGAUCUGUUCAAGAACAACUGCGAGGACUUCGCUAUAUAUUGUAAGACAGGGUUGCUUGUGUUCACUAGCAUCAGCGUGGGCAGGAGUGGACAGUGUACAUCUAUCUUGGCUGCAACGAGUGCCAUUGUUUCUUCGCCACUUCGGUUUUUAACUACGAGUUUCCCUGGCCUUGCAGCUGUUGGUUGUGGCAUGUAUUGUGUUAGCCGCGUGCUUUCUGAUAUUGGAAUUCGUCGAGAUGUCACUAAAGUUUCAGUUGAGAGGCUUGUUGCUUGCGACACCUCUACUGAAACUGUCAUCAAGAAAGACUAAUGUAUUUUUAUUUAUAUUUACAUGGAGACACUGGACCAACUACCCUCGUUUGUCAUUCCUAAAUGUUAUAGAGGACUGAACUGGAGUGGAGAUUGCACUUAAGUUUGUUGUGCAUUUGCCAUUGCCUUUGAUUAAAAUGUUCAUUUGUCAAUUGUAUCAUGAAAUCACUUUUGAUGGUCUCAAA